UGACGCUAAUGCGGAAGAGGUCGUCAUCGUAAAAGCUGUGAGUUGGAAGGUCUGUGAAAUGUGCUAAAACCGUUGCAAUUUUCUCGCUUGAAGCCUGAAGAUGUCGUGGAUAAAAGAAGGUGAAUUAAACCUGCUUGAAAAGAUUUCUGCCAAUGUCUUAAAGGCGGGACCCAUGCCUAAACAUGUGGCCUUCAUCAUGGAUGGCAAUCGACGCUUUGCACGUAAGAAAAACAUGGAACGCCAGGAAGGACACAUGCAAGGCUUCAACAAACUAGCAGAGACACUACGCUGGUGCAAGCAUCUGAACAUCCCAGAGGUGACGGUGUACGCCUUCAGCAUCGAGAACUUCAAGCGCACUAAAGAAGAAGUGGACGGGCUAAUGGAGCUGGCCAAGCAAAAAUUUGAGAGGCUGUUGGAAGAACGGGACAAUCUGGAGAAACAUGGCGUUUGUAUCCGGGUUCUGGGUGACUUGAACAUGCUGCCACUUGAUCUACAGCAGCUUAUUGCCAAAGCUGUGGUCACAACCAGAGCUCACAAUAAAUGUUUUCUCAACGUGUGCUUUGCCUACACGUCGCGAUAUGAAAUCACCAAUGCAGUCAGAGAAAUGGCUUGGGGAGUGGAGCAGGGUCUAAUCAAGGCAAGUGACGUUUCAGAGCCAUUGCUAAGUGAGUGCCUGUACAGCAAUAACUCUCCCAAUCCUGAUCUGCUCAUCCGCACCUCAGGCGAAGUGCGCCUCAGUGACUUUCUUCUUUGGCAGACUUCCCACUCCUGUUUAGUGUUUCAGUCGGUUCUGUGGCCGGAGUAUUCAUUCUGGAACUUGUGUGAAGCCAUCGUCCAGUAUCAAUUAAGUCACAAAUCCAUCCAGAAAGCCAGAGACCUCCAUCGAGAGCAUCAGGCCCUACAGCAGCUGGAGGCCGAUCGUGUGUGUGUAGCAGAGCACCUGCAGCAUCACGGGAAUGGAAAACCUGCCGACGCCCAGAGGAGACAAGAGGCGCUGCUGCACUACACCGCCUGUCGGGAAGAUCGGGUUCAGGACUUCCUCGAAGCCCUGAAGCACAAGAGAGACUCUUUCUUUAUUGACUUAUGCAGUGAAGCUGUCUCAGCCUAGGAAGGCUUAGAAGAGCAAAUCCUCUGAAGUGAUGAUGAAACCUCUCCUGUCCUCUUCCCAAAGGGCUUCUGUGGACAAGGGAAGAGCAAACAGUGACUGGGAGCGGGUUCGUUUUGUUGCUGAUUUGUACAGGACGAGAGGUGCAAUUUUACCCCUAUGGGGCUGUAGAAUAAUUGUGAUAUUUAUGAUUGUAGAUUUAAGAAGUCUAAUAUGUGGAAAUGUCUGGUCAAGACAUAGUUAAACAAUCGUGUAAAUUGUGUGUCAAAUGCAUGCCAUUGGUUGGAAGGUCAAGUUACGUGAGCGAGAGAUAGGGAUCGUGGGUUUUGGAAAUGUCCCCGAAGCAGUCAUCCUUAAGAGCUCAGUACAGUGUUGCGUUUUUGUUGAGUGUGGUCUUACUGACAUAACUAUAUUUUGACCAGCUUUCUUUAACAGAAUAAAGUGAUUACUGUACGUCAGAUAUGAUUAAAUGAUGUGUGACUCAC